UAUAUAUAUAUAUAUAUAUAUGUCGUCUACAUUGCACAUGUAGCACAUUAAAAACCGCAGAAUCUUAAAAGUUUUAGAAAUUGCAUCAGUCGUGGGCUGCUGAUAAGCCAAUAAAAAUCAGACAUGCCAGAAGUUGAGUCAAAGGCAGCUAUUGCUGCUAUUUAUACGUCGGAAAAGACUGGUAGUGAUGAGAAUGGAGAUGGAACUGAAUCAAAGCCUUUCAAAUCUAUUCUUCAAGCUAUGCGACACGCAGGCAAGGAACCCUUUCCUGAAAUUUACCAGGAUUCAAAGGAAGAAGGAAAAAAGUAUGAACUUGCUGCCAAAUCGCAACUAAAGAAAAUCCAAAAAAUCUGGUUGAGGGAACAGUACAAGAGUGAAGGAAAGCAAAAGAAACUGCAAGAAGAUGAGGAAAAGCGAUCAAAGAAUUUGGAUGAAGCUAAAACUAUUAUUAUUGAAGAGGACAAAAGUUUGCCUGAGGCUGUUCUUAUUAAAAUUAACUGUGCUAAAAACCACAAAGAACAAAGAGUACAGAUAUUUGGUUGGGUACAUAGAUUGAGGCGUCAAGGCAAAGCUAUGAUGUUUAUAACUUUAAGAGAUGGAACUGGAUUCCUCCAAUGUAUAUUGAAUGAUAAAUUGUGUCAAACUUAUGAUGCCGUAGUGCUCAACACAGAAGCUUCUGUUCAUAUAUUUGGAACACUAAAACCGGUUCCUGAAGGAAAAACUGCUCCUGGUGGACUUGAAUUACUCGUUGACUACUGGAAACUUAUUGGAAACUCACCUCCUGGUGGAGCCGAUGGAAUUUUGAACGAAGAAGCUCAUCCUGAUGUUCAACUUGAUAACAGACACAUAAUGAUUCGUGGUGAAAAUACAUCUAGAAUCUUAAUCAUGAGGUCAGUAUUGACUCAAGCAUUCAGAGAUCACUACAAAGAUAGAGGAUACUGUGAAGUGACUCCUCCAACUCUUGUACAAACUCAAGUAGAAGGAGGCUCAACUCUAUUCAAACUAAAUUACUUUGGUGAGGAAGCAUACCUUACACAGAGUUCUCAACUUUAUCUUGAAACCUGUAUUCCUGCCAUGGGUGAUGUUUAUUGCAUUGCUCAAUCUUACAGAGCAGAGCAAUCAAGAACUAGAAGACAUCUUGCUGAAUACACGCACAUCGAGGCCGAGUGCCCGUUCAUCACUUUUGAUGACUUAUUGGACAGGCUUGAAGAUUUGAUUUGUGAUGUUGUUGAUAGAGUUCUACAAUCACCUAUGGGUCCUCUUGUUAAAGAAUUGAACCCUAAUUUCCAAGUUCCUAAACGGCCAUUUAGAAGAAUGAACUAUUCCGAAGCUAUUGAAUAUUUGAAAGAAAACAAUAUCACUAAAGAUGAUGGAAGUUUCUACGAAUUUGGAGAGGAUAUUCCCGAAAUGCCAGAAAGAAAAAUGACCGAUAAAAUUAACGAGCCUAUUAUGCUAUGUCGGUUUCCGGCAGAGAUAAAAUCAUUCUACAUGCAACGAUGUGAAGAAGACAAUAGAUUGACCGAAUCUGUCGAUGUAUUGCUUCCGAAUGUAGGAGAAAUUGUAGGAGGAUCAAUGCGUAUCUGGGAUCAUGACGCAUUACUUGAGGGAUAUAAAAGUGUAGGAAUCGACCCUGCACCUUACUAUUGGUACACUGAUCAGAGAAAGUACGGAACAUGCCCACAUGGAGGCUAUGGUCUUGGUUUAGAAAGAUUUAUUUGCUGGCUCUUAAACAGAUACCACAUCAGAGAAGUCUGUCUUUAUCCUCGUUUUUUGGAACGUUGUCGCCCAUAAGUUUGAUAUUUUUGCAAUAAUAAAAUUAUGUAUGCAUCGAUAAUAAUUUAAAUAUGUUUCUUAAUACAACAUUCUUAUAAUUGUAUUAAAUAAGAUACAAAUUGUAUUCGUACAAUGUGAAUACAAUCGUGUAAUACCACACAUGAAAAAUUCACUUUGAUAUUCAAUAAAUUAUUAAAUUUUAAUGCA